AUGGAUCGGGAGGACGCCUUGUCGACCUUUGUCACACUCACUGGCGCAAAUGGCCAGGUUGCCGGCCAUCUGUUGGACUCAUUCGGCGGGGACUUGGACUCCGCCAUCAAUUUCUACCUAGAAAGCGGCGGAGUGGGCUACGGGGGGCCACCAGUGCCGGCCAGCCCGCCAGACUAUGUCGAGGAGCCAGACGUGAUUGAGGAGGAGCCGGGCCCAGUGGCCGCCAGGUCCCGCAGCAGGCCUCUGCCAGCAGCGGCCAGGCCCCGCAGCAGCCCCAUCGAGAUCCUAGAUGAUGACGAUGACGACAUCCAAGUGCUGGCUACCAGCCUGGGGCGGCGGCGGUCGAGUCGUGCAGAGGAGGUGGUGGAGGAGGACCGCAUGCACCCAGUGGGGUCGGUGGAGGAUGAUUUGGGGGUGGGGAGCCAGGGGCGGCGUGUGCGGCGCAACCGGCGGCGUGUGGUGGGCGAGAUGGAUAGAGACCUGGAGCUGCUGGGCCAGCGCUUUGGCGUGAUGGCUGAGUUCCAGCCUGCUCCCACCAUGCAACAGCAGCAACUCCAGCAGCAGCAGCAGCCUGGUCCAGGGCAGGACCCAGCAGCAUUUGGCGGCGACGGCGAGGUGCCGGAGCUGCCGGCGGAUGUGAACCUGGAGGAGCAGCGCAUGCUGAUGGCCGCCAUACAGGGGGGAGGGUAUGAGGGAGAGAUUCCAGACUUUGCCCACGAUCCGCGCUACCAGCCACGCAUCAUGUCGCCUGGAGCGCAGGCACGGGAGGAUCUGAGGCAGGAGCAGGAUGCUGCAUAUUACGAGUCGCUGCGUGCAGACAGGGAGAAGCAGGAGGCGGCGGAGCGGGCACAGCGUGAAGUGGAGGAGGCAGCGCGCCUCGAAGCGGAGGCGGCUGAGGCAGAGGAGCGGCGGCAGCGUGAAGAGGCAGAGCGGCUGGAGCACGAGCUUCGCAGCAAGGCGGCCAGCCUGCCGCCAGAGCCUGCGGCCGAUGACGCCGACGCCGUCAACCUGGCGAUCCGUCUGCCGGCGGGCGGCCGCUACUCACGCCGCUUCCGCCGCGCCGAUAAGCUGCAGUCGGUCUUCGACUUUGUGGAUGUGCAGAGUGGCGCUGGCGGUGGCGACAUCCUGCCGGGCAGCUACAGCCUGGCCACCUCCUACCCGCGGCGCGUGCUGGAAGAUGGCGCAGCGGAGCAGAGCCUGGCAGAGGCGGGGCUCAGCGCCAAGCAGGAGGCGCUGUUCCUGGAGAUGAAGUGA